GUAUAAAUACCGUAUAUCGCGAUAUCAGCGUCAGUUCAUAGCUGGAAGAAUACGAAUUAUUAUUCGUCAAUCGCAGUCCAUUGUUGUGGAGCAGGAAACGAUAUUCCCGAAUCGAAACAUGAAGCAAACGUUCUUAAUUUUCUCCAUGCUCGUCGUUGCCGCAAUGAGCGUCGACGAAAAUUUUGUGGAAAGAUUAGCGAAUGGUGCAGACAUGACGAAAGAGGAAGUAAUGAUAUGCGUCAAUAAAACAAGCGUAACAGUCGACCUAAUGCACUUUGACCAAAUUGUGGUAGACGAUUUAAAUACCAUAGAUUUCGACGACAAGGCCUUAAAAGCCGGCUGCCUCUUCGCCUGUAUAGCCAAAAAAAAAGGAAUGAUGACAGGUGCGCAUGUGAAUAUAGAAAAAGUUAAAGAAAUAAUGAACGCCAAGGCUAAAAGAGGAACACCUGACAAACGCGCCAAAGGCUUCCAAAUACUAGAUUUGUGCGCCGAUCGAGUUAGAGGCAAGACUAACGAGUGCGAAGUGACCCUCAAAUUUGUAUUCUGCUGCUUGCAUGAAACGCAAAAAUACAUGGAAAAUGAUAAUAAAAAUGAUAAUGAAAAUGAUAAUGAAUAAAAUAUAAGAAAUUAAAAACGAUAUUAUACAUAUAUAU